AUGGAGCUGAAGGAGACCACCCGUGAUCACGCAGGAAUGCGCAAUUUGGCCUUCCAGAAUAACACCGAAGACAUGGACAUUAUCAAUCAGGACAGUAUUGGAGACAGUUCACAGAAAAUCAAGAAUUCACAAAAGGACAAAACUGUACUUAAUAAUAAGACGGAUGAACACAUCAAUAUUGAGAGUGAUCUGCAUGAAAACAAACACAACUCAGCAGCUGAGGAACAACCACACUUAAAAGGGCCUUUAGAAAAGAAAUAUGAUAAAGCCUGUGAUUUUUGCAAGAAACAUAAAACCAGAAUCAACUAUGUGAUCUAUGGAAUAUUGAUAACAGCUUACUUGGCAGUAGUUAUUGCGGCCUGCAGCUUGAAUUUUCAGAGGGCCUUUCCUCUCCUCAUCAUUACUGUCCUAGCUGUCGUCUUCAUCUGCUGGGAUUUUUUAGUAGCGAAGUAUGAAGACAGAGUUGCUGCAUUUUUUUCCCCUGGAGAAAGAUAUUUGGAGAAACAGUGGUUUUGGCUGAAAUGGGUGCUGUGUGCAGCUCUUAUCAUAGCUAUCAUCCUCUGGCUCAUCUUUGACACAGCGAAACAGGGAUCCCGCCAGAUGAUCUCCUUUGGUGGGCUUGUGAUGUAUGUUGUCUUGAUGUUUAUCUUCUCCAAAUACCCAACCAGAGUUGCUUGGAGACCUGUAUUUUCGGGAAUAGCAAUGCAGUUUAUUCUUGGAAUUCUUAUUCUGAGGACCAAAGUGGGGUUUGAUGUAUUUAACUGGCUAGGAAUUCAGAUCCAGACUUUUCUGGAGUACUCUGACACAGGUGCUAAGUUUGUGUUCGGUGAAAAGUAUACAGAUCAUUUAUUUGCUUUUAAGGUCCUGCCAAUUGUGGUUUUCUUCAGCACAGUAAUGUCUAUGCUAUAUCACCUCGGAAUCAUGCAGUGGCUCGUUGGAAAGGUUGGCUGGAUAAUGCACGUUUUUAUGGGGACAACUCCUGUUGAGUCUUUUGUAGCUGCUGGUAACAUAUUUGUGGGACAGACAGAGUCUCCUCUCCUGGUACGGCCCUAUUUACCAUACAUCACCAAAUCUGAACUCCAUGCAGUCAUGACAGCAGGAUUCUCCACUAUUGCUGGAAGUGUCUUAGGAGCAUAUAUUUCUUUUGGGAUUUCUGCCUCCCACCUACUGACUGCUUCCGUCAUGUCAGCACCAGCAUCAUUAGCCACCUCCAAACUAUUCUGGCCAGAAACUGAAAAGCCUCAAGUAACUUUGAAGAGUGAUCUUAAAAUGGCAAAAAGUGAAUCAAAGAACCUGCUGGAGGCAGCCAGUCAAGGUGCAUCUAGCUCCAUUCUGCUGGUGGCAAACAUCGCUGUGAACCUGAUCUCCUUCCUUGCCCUGCUGGCUUUCAUUGAUUCAGCCCUCUCUUGGGUGGGCAAUCUGUUUGACUAUCCACAGCUGAAUUUCGAGAGCAUUUGUUCAUAUAUCUUCAUGCCAUUCUCCUUCAUGAUGGGAGUAGAUUGGGAAGACAGCUUUAUUGUUGGUGGACUUCUAGGUUACAAAACUUUCUUCAAUGAAUUUGUGGCUUACGAACGCCUCUCAAAACUGAUUAACAACCGAGAAAAGGGUGGGAGCAUGUACAUUAAUGAUGUGAAACAGUAUAUGACUGUCCACUCUGAAACAAUUGCCACCUAUGCGCUUUGUGGAUUUGCCAACUUUGGCUCUCUGGGACUGGUAGUAGGAAGCCUGACAAGCCUUGCUCCCUCAAAAAGAAAGGAAAUAGCCGGUGGUGCUUUCAGGGCUAUGAUUGCUGGAACUGUUGCCUGUUUCAUGACAGCCUGUAUUGCAGGAAUGCUGACUGCCCCUGGUGUGGAAGUUCCCUGCCACAUUUUAUUACCAAAUGCCUUCAACUCCACAAGUUUCCCUGCCAACAGCACAGAGGUAGUCAAAUGCUGCCAGCAGCUCUUCACCAGUGCAAACAAUACUCAAGAGAGCUUCCUUGGAGGAAACUACCACCUGAGUUCCUGGAAAGGAUGUUGCGAAAUACUGAAUCAACCUGCUUUUAAUUGCACUUGGAUUAAACCUUGA